UGCAUAUUUAUACUUGACCAGCUAUCAUUGUCAGCGCACAGCUGCAGUGCUUCAUUGUGACAUUGAUAUAUCUGAGCCUUACAGUGAUCCGGAACUCCAGUCUAUACGCCAGAACUCUCUUCGCGCUCACGAUAUCCACUGGCAAGCCGGUGCUCUCUUGGAGAUGCCAGUCGAACCCCACGGUACCACUACUCUUCAUACCGAAGGAGAUUUUGUUAUACCGAACAUAGCUCUCCAACUUGACGGGUAAAGUAGACGCCGGGCUGAGCUAGAAUUAGUACUUACCUUGCACCAUGACGCCAUUUUUUGGAAACCUUACUGAUUUUUGGGCUUCUUCAGCAGGCAAGAAACGAUUGUCCUUGAAGCUUGGAUUUUCUUUCUUUCUCUUUGGACUCAUAAACAAUGUACUCUAUGUCAUCAUACUUUCGGCUGCGCUCGACCUCGUCCCUCCGUCAACACCCAAGGGCAUAAUUGCCUUUUGUAAUAUUGCUCCGGCCUUAAUCGCGAAGCUCGGGUGGCCGUACUUUCUCAAAGGUCGCAUACGUUAUGCCCGACGGAUUGUCGGCUGCUGCGCGUUAAGCUUUAUAGGCAUGCUGGUCGUUGCCUUCCAUGAAAGCCUGUAUUCGAGGCUGCUGGGAAUAUCUCUCGCGUCGUUUUCGUCGGGUCUGGGAGAAAUGACUUUCUUGCAACUUUCGACAACAUACAGCCGUUCGGUAGGAGGUCGAAGCGUUGGGUACUUCGCCUCAGGCACUGGAGCUGCAGGUAUUGUCGGAGCAUUCAUGUGGUGGGAACUCAGGGGUCUGGGUAUCAGCACUGGUGUUGGUAUCUCGGCGGUUCUCCCAUUCAUCCUUCCUGUCGCAUACUUUUUUCUGCUCCCCCGUCCAGCAGCAUUCUUACAUCAGUCAUUUUCUGCGUCAUACACGCUCGUCCCUACCGACGACCUCGAGACUGAAGUUGAUGAUGAUCUGUCUGCUCAAGAUGACGUAGAAUCUCGUGUGGAGCCCAAGGUUACCGUCAGCCUAUCAGCCGCGGAUAAAUGGCGUCUAGUCAAACCGAUGCUAUUGAAGUAUAUGCUUCCACUAUUUUGUGUUUAUACCUUCGAGUAUACUAUCAAUCAGGGUGUUGCACCGACUUUAUUAUAUCCCGUUCCGUCACACGGUCUCAUUAGCAAGAUCAUUCAUUCCGUCCGCGACUACUAUCCACUUUGGCAGCUAGUCUACCAAACCACGGUCUUUUUCUCUCGUUCAAGCAUAUCUCUGGGCUUGAAAACCCUUCCAGCCCGUUUCCUCCCUGCUCCGGCCAUCAUCCAGUUCGCGAUACUACUUCUGCUAGUUUUCGAAUCCGCUGUCGGGCUACUUCCGGAAGAUCGUGAGGGAGGAAGUAUAUUCCUGGUUUUCAUACUCAUCAGCAUUGAAGGCGUAUGCGGCGGUUUGGCAUACGUCAACGUGUUCUAUCGUAUCAAUCAAGAGCAACCAGAUCCGUCCUCAGCGCACAAUCCUGAGAUCACAAAGCAGGAGCGGGAGUUCAAGAUAGGUUCUAUUGGGUUUGCCGAUAGCUCGGGGAUUUUACUGGCUUCGAUUCUCGCUGUACCAUCGGAAAUUGAACUUUGUAGAGCGCAAGUUGCAAGGGGGAAAUACUUAUGCCGGGGGCUCUAGAUCCGUGAUCUGCGGAGGACAUACAUGUUACAUUAAUCAGGUACAUGGGAUCAGAUAUGGUUUAUGUACAACAAUUUGAGCA